UUGUGUGUAAAAAAAGUGCAUUGGGUACAAUUGUUCUGGCUGCUAAAAUCGACUUUGUUUUGAUUGAUUUCUUCAUUUUUAUUUCAAAAUUCUAACAACUAACCAACUGACUAACUAACUAAGAAAAGAAAAACGACACAAAAAAAAUGUUUUCAUUAAAACGAAUCAAUAAAUCUACAACAUGGCAAUUGUCUCAACAAUUGUUAAAUCGAACCGCAGCUACGGCUACGGCUACAGCACCGGCUAAAACUGGAUCUUCUGGAUAUAAAUUUGAUAAUUCAAAAUAUGGUAAAAAUAUCGUAUUGAUUGAAGGUGUUCGUACACCAUUCACACAGAGUCAAACCGAUUAUGAUAAUUUAAUGUCCUAUGAACUACAACGAUAUGCGCUAUCAUCGUUGAUGAGUCGUGUUGAUAUCCCAAAAGAUAAAAUCGAUUAUGUUGUAUGUGGCACGGUCAUCCAGGAAGCGAAAACACCAAAUAUUGCACGUGAAGCAUUAUUGGCUGCCGGCAUGCCUGAAAAUAUUCCAGGAAAUACUGUAUCACAAGCUUGUGUAUCGGCAAAUCAGGCAAUCACCUCAGGUAUUGGUUACAUUAAUUCCGGUACAUAUAAUGUUGUUAUUGCCGGUGGUGUGGAAACCAUGUCCGAUGUACCGAUUCGUCAUUCUCGUUCAAUGCGUAAAAUGUUAUUGAAUUUGAAUAAAGCAAAAACCACACAACAACGCUUGAAGAUUUUGUCUGGUUUUAAAUUAAAUUAUUUAGCUCCUGAAUUACCAGCUGUAGCUGAAUUUUUCUCUGGUGAAGUAAUGGGUCAUUCCAGUGAUCGUUUGGCUGCUGCAUUCAAAGUUUCACGACAAGAACAAGAUGAAUUUGCUUUACGAUCACAUUCAUCGGCUGACAAAGCCUACAAAGAAGGUCUGUUGAGCGAUAUUGAACCAAUCGUUGUACCACAAAAAGGUCUUGUACGAAAAGACAAUGGUGUUCGUGUCUCGUCGUUGGAAAAGAUGGCAAAAUUAAAACCAGCAUUCGUCAAACCAUAUGGAACAGUGACAGCUGCCAAUUCAAGUUAUCUUACCGAUGGAGCUACCGCUUGUCUAUUGAUGACCGAAGAAAAAGCUAAAGAAUUGGGACUGAAACCAAAAGCAUAUCUUCGUCAACAUCUAUACUGUUCUGUCGAUCCAAAAGAUCAACUUCUUUUAGCUCCAGCCUAUGUCAUUACACGAUUAUUGGAUCGAGUUGGUUUAACUGCAAAAGAUAUCGAUGUUUGGGAAUUACAUGAAGCUUUUGCCGGACAAGUUUUGGCCAAUAUGAAAGCAUUGGAUUCAGAAUUUUUUGCCAAAAAUUAUAUUGGUCGUAGUUCACCGAUGGGAGCACCGGAUAUAAACAAAUUGAACAAUUGGGGUGGUUCUCUUUCAAUUGGUCAUCCAUUUGGUGCAACCGGUGUUCGUUUGGUUACGACAGCCGCUAAUCGUUUACAUAAAGAAGGUGGACGUUUAGCUUUUGUCGCUGCAUGUGCUGCCGGUGGUAUCGGCCAUGGAAUGAUUGUGGAACGUUAUCCAUGAUAGAUCCAAAAAAAAUUGGAACCCAUACGAUGGCGCCAUCUAUUGUCUGUAAAAAAAUACAAUUUUAUGAAAUUUUUUUUUUAAAUUUAAAUCUCUACUGAUGAUGA